AUGGCUCCUGCGACCGAAAACGCCAUCCUCCCACUCAAACCCGACAUCGACAUCAACACCGGCGAUGCCGCCAAAACCUGGCGCAGCACCCUCGACACGAUCCUCGCGCAGCCCGGCCUGCAGCGCAUAGCCUGGGGCCAGUGGCGCGAGAAUCCGCACAACCUGCAAAUGCUGAUCGACUGGGAUGCCGUCUCCUCGCACCAAGCCUUCAUACAGAGCCCUUCCUACGAACCCUUCCUCACCAACAUCAGCACCCUCCUCGCCUCGCCCCCGCAGCUCACGCACCAAUCCUUCCCAACAACGACGACGUCAUCCACCCUCGAAGCCGUCACGACCGCCGCCCCCGUGACGGAGCUGGUCUCGUUCUACGUGCCGGCGACCUACAACACAGCCAACUUCGUCGGGCCGUGGGACGAGUUCGCGCGGGUAGCGGCGGAAAACGCGCAGGGCAUAGUCGGCAGCGCCGGAGCGUGGGCGGAGGAGGACGACGUCGAGCAUGCGAGCUUGAAGGACGUGUCGCCGGGGGGAAAGGGGAGGGUGUUCCUCGCGCUGAUCGGGUGGGAGAGCGUCGACGCGCACAUGGCGUACCGCGAGACGCAGGCGUUCAAGGACAGCAUCGUGAAGCUGCGGGCGCUGGUGAGCGGGAUCGAGAUGCACCAUGUCGAGUUCAAGAAGGCUUGA